AUGGCGUCGCUCAAAGAAAACUGGAACCAGCUGAGAAAGGGGCACGCUUCCCUGUCAAAAAGGGCCAGUGCGGAGAUGAGAAGCCACCAUGAUUACUUCAACGGAGAUGUCCUUGACGAAGCCGAGGACGCCUUCCAAACAGCGAUGGACUACAUGACGGAAUGCUUGGAGGAACUGGAGCCGCCUGUGAGUCCUGCCAACUCCACCGAGAUAUCGUUCACCCGAGCUAAUCCGUUGGCGUUCUCGCUUUCCCACCUGCCUCCGAUAAAACUGCCACCCUUCGACGGGAAGUUCGAGGAGUGGGAGCAGUUUCGCGAUCGCUUUCAGUCGCUUAUCUCGAAAAAUAAAGAAUUGUCGAAUUUUUCGCGAAUGCAUUUUCUCGCCUCAUGCCUGAAGGGCCGCGCGCUGGAGAGUAUCGCAGACUUAUCGAUAACCGGCGAUAACUUCAAUAUAGCAUGGAAAACUCUCACAUCGCGGUUCGAGAGUAAACGUCGUAUCUUAAAUGUACAUUUGUCAGCAAUUCUCAAUCUCACGUCGCUCACUCGCGAAUCGUCGUCUGAACUCCAUUCGUUACGCGACAGAGUUCGCGUUGCCGUGUCCGCCUUGAGACAUAUCGACCGUACCCCGGAAGACUUGUGGAACGAUGUCCUCGUGCACAGUGUAGUGCAAAGGCUUGAUCCAGUCACGAGAAAGGCGUGGAACGUCAAGACGAGCGACAGCGACGAGCCUCCGCACUUUGACGAUCUAGAUAGAUUCUUGCUUGCUCGAGCCCACGCGCUCGAGGAUUGUUCGUCGGCGAAGGCAAGCUCAAAAUCGGCGGCGGGGCAAAAGAUUACCGUGUCAACCGCGUCUAAGACCGCUCCGGCAGCCUGCCCGCUCUGCAAGGCACGACAUUUCAUGAGCGCUUGCCCGACGUUUACGGCCGGGAGUCCGAUCCAACGUCGCGAGCUCGUCAAGCGUCAUAAAAGAUGCUACAAUUGCCUCAGUCAGAGUCACGCAGUCGGAGAGUGUCAAAGUAAAUAUUCUUGUCGCACGUGUCAGCAACGGCACCACUCACUCUUACACGAUUCAUCGGACUCUCGCGCUGAUACGUCCGCCGCGGCUAGCGUCGCGAACGCGUCCCCGACGCCUCCGCCGCAUCAGCCCGUGGCUUCCGACACAACCGUUCAAUCUCUUUGCGCUUCUACACCUAAAGCUCGGUCACAAGUGCUCCUUGCCACGGCCUGGGUGACGGUGGGGGCUUCGUCUGGACGAUCUUUCGCCGUUCGAGCGCUGCUCGACCAGGGCUCCGAGAUGACGUUCAUCUCGGAGCGUCUAGCGCAAAAUCUGCGCGCGAAGCGCAUCACCAUGCCCGUAGCCGUGUCCGCUAUCGGGGGUGUGCUCGCUGGAAACUUUAAUAAAGCCGUUGUGAUUUCGGUGUCGCCGCGCGAGUCGACCGCUCCGUCCCUUUCCGCGCCCGCAGUUAUCAUGCCUCAACUCACUUCGUACGCGCCGCGGAAGGUCAUCGAUUUGCAUUCUCUCUCUCAUCUCGCAAACUUAUCGUGGGCUGAUCCCGAUCCCGGCAGUGCCGAACCGAUUGACGUAAUCAUAGGCGCGGAUCUCUACGGAAGCGUAAUACUCGACGGGAUACGGAGGGGCGGUCAGGGCGACCCCAUCGCACGAAACUCUAUAUUCGGUUGGCUGAUCUCGGGUCCGGUGGGCCUCACUGCAUCGUCAAAUGCAUCCUCUGCUUGUUUAGCAACCGAUGCUCACCCCGCUGUCUCCGUGCACCACAUAUCGGUGUCUCCGUCGCUUGAUGCCGAACUACGGCGAUUCUGGGAGGUUGAAGAAGUCCCACGGAAGGCGCUUCUCACUCCCGAGGAAGGAAAUAAUCAAAUUUCAACAGGGGCAACUCGAUUCAUCGCGGAAAAACAAGCCGAGUCCCUUUCGCGCCGACUUCACGCCAAUCCCGUACUUUUCAAGGAAUACGCCGCAUUUCUUAACGAAUACGAGAGUCUCGGGCACAUGAGGCGGGUCCCCUUAGGAGAGCCGACGGACCAUUGCGUAUACAUCCCGCAUCAUCCGGUGUUACGUGAAUCGAGUGCUACAAGUCGACUUAGAGUCGUAUUUAAUGCGUCAAGUCGUUCGUCCAACGGAACCAGCCUUAAUGACCAUCUGCUACCCGGACCCAAAUUACAAUCGGAACUCGCGUCGGUCAUUUUGAAGUGGUGCUCAUUCCGAUACGUGUAUACCGCGGACAUCGCGAAAAUGUUCCGGCAAAUUCUCGUUGAUCCAUUGGACACGCAGUAUCAACACAUUUUGUGGAAACCGAACGUUAACGAGGCUCCUAUCGAUUUCGAGCUCCUGACGGUGACGUACGGGAUGGCAUGCUCCCCGUAUGAGGCCCUCCGCGUAAUUAAACAAGUAGCUUCCGACGAGGGGCACCGGUUCCCGCGCGCAAGGGCAAUCCUCUUAGAAAACAGCUACGUGGACGACGUUUGUUUUGGCUAUCAUAGAGUAUCGGAACUGCGUAAGAUUCGGGACGAAUUAACGGAGUUGCUUCGACGCGGAGGGUUCGAGCUCCGGAAAUGGGCGAGUAAUUCGGCCGAGCUCCUCUCGGACAUAGAUCCACAAAACCACGGGCUCGCGUGCACCAAACAACUGGCUCCGGAUGAAAACCUUAAGAUUCUGGGGAUCGGAUGGAAUCCACGCCUGGACGUUUUUCAGGUCUCCGUGUCCAUAGAUGAGAAGAUUCCGUCCACCAAGCGGACGGUAUUGUCGGCAAUCUCGCGCAUUUAUGACCCACUCGGGUGGGUCGUUCCCGCGACAAUCGCCGCGAAAAUCUUUAUGCAGCAGCUGUGGCAAGCCAAAGUCGAGUGGGACGAGGAGAUUCCGGCCUCGCUUGUCAGUAGAUGGAAAGCCAUCUAUUCUCGGUUGCCACAGUUGAACCAAGUGUGGCUCUCGCGUUGGACGUUCGUCGAAUCGGAAUUCGAGAGCGCCGAGCUCCACGGAUUCUCGGACGCCUCUAACUCCGCGUACGCAGCGGUCAUUUACUUAAGAGUUGUAUCGAGCUCGGGCGACGUUACGAUUACGCUUCUCGCCGCGAAGUCACGCGUCGCUCCGGUAACUCCGCUUACCGUUCCUCGGUUGGAGCUCUCCGCGGCUGUACUGCUCUCUCGCCUCCUCGAGUUCGUUCGGGAGUCAAUAAAUUUUGAAAUUUCGUCCUGCACGUGCUGGACGGACUCAACCAUCGUUCUUGCCUGGCUGGACCGGCAUCCGUCGCAAUGGAAGACGUUUGUCGCGAACCGAGUAGCCGAGAUCCGAAACCGAGCGCCGAAUGCAGAGUGGCAAUAUGUGUCUACGCUCGAUAAUUCGGCGGAUUGCGCCUCGCGAGGACUCAUCAGUGACGAGCUGAUUAGUCAUCCGUUGUGGUGGCAUGGUCCGCCGUGGCUGAGUCUAUCAAAAGAAGCGUGGCCCCAAUUAGAGAAUUCUUUAGCCGCCGAUGCACCUCUCGAGGAAAAGACAGGUCACGUCGCGAGCGAUCGUGUUGAAUGGCACUUCUUGCCGCCUUCCGCUCCGCAUUUUGGCGGUAUAUGGGAGGCCGGAGUGAAGAGCGUCAAGCACCAUCUGCGGAGGGUCGUCGGGAAUCAAACCCUCACGUUCGAAGAACUCACCACGUUUUUGUAUAACGUAGAGGCGUGUCUGAAUUCGCGCCCGAUAGCCCCGCUCUCGGAUUCUUUCGACGAGGUCGAGUGCUUGACGCCCGGUCACUUCUUGAUCGGUGCUCCCAUCACGAUUCAUCCUGAACCGUCGCUACUCGCGCUAAAUGAAAACCGUCUAUCUCGCUGGCAGCGUGUCCGGCAGUUAACCGAACGUUUUUGGAAACUGUGGGCGGCCGACUACGUGACCACGUUGCAACAACGACAGAAGUGGAGAAAAUCAACGCCGUCGUUAAAACCCGGCCAAAUGGUCCUUUUACGAAACCCUCUCCUCCCACCAUGCAAAUGGGAACUUGGCCGAGUGAUUCGUUGUCACCCCGGGGAGGAUGGGCUCGUUCGAGUAGUGACCGUCAAGACCGCCACAUCGGAGUUCAAGCGACCCCUCGGCAAGCUUUGUCUUUUGCCGGUUGAGUGCGAAACCUGA